AUGCCGACAGACUUAGUGUUCGUGUUCCCCCAGCCACAUUAUGCCGUAUUGGUAUUUAAAUACGAUACCUUGCUUCAGACGGCUGUUGGCUCCGGGAAAGAUGCUACAUUUGAUCUCCAAUCUCAGCACUUGGGACAAAGAUUAGAGGAUAGAGGAUAUCCUAAACACCUUAUCAGAAGUGCAUACGAAAAAGCCAGAAAACAGAGGGAACGUGGCCUCAUUCUUCACCCAACCCAUCCCAGCAUGCCAGCAUGGUCCAGCCUCGACCUCUUCAGUCCUCUGAAAAAGGAAUUCUCUAAUACCAUUUUGGAGCUGAGAAGGCAGCUCUGGGAAGGCAGCAGCUUUAAUAUAUUUCAGAACAUGUCUAACUUCGUUGACUAUUACAAAACAAACAAUGUUCGACCUCCAUUCACAUAUGCCUCUCUUAUUCGAUGGGCUAUACUGGAGUCCCCGCAGAAGCAACUGGCGUUGAACGAGAUCUAUCACUGGUUCACUAGAAUGUUUGCUUUCUUCCGGUAUAACACAGCCACGUGGAAGAAUGCAGUGCGGCACAACCUGAGUCUCCAUAAGUGUUUUGUGAGAGUUGAGAAUAUAAAGGGGGCUGUGUGGAUGGUGGAUGAAUUGGAAUUCCAAAGAAAGAGAGGCGUGAGGAAUUCCUGCUGAUUCUUAACCCUUGGGGUGGUUCCUUGUGCCCAAUGGAGAGCAGGUCCUUUCCUAUUGAUCGAACAGCACCAUGAUCCCUUCCCAGACUGCACUGGGUCUGGAUUUCCAGGCCAACCAGUAUCAGCUGGGUCCGACUGUGGGAAUGUGGUCCAACAACUAUACGUAUUAUAAUGAAUAAACAUGUCGAAAUUAAACUGUUUGUGUAUACCGGAAAUUGUGUUAUUGGUCUUUGCUCUAGGGCAGGGAUUUAAAUUAUUUGGCUUCUUCUUCUGACUCUUUCCAGCUUUCAAA